AUGUCCCCGUAUAGGUUGGUCUAUGGAAAAGCUUGUCAUCUACCUCUGGAACUCGAGCAUCGCGCAUAUUGGGCUAUUAAGUAUUUGAACUUUGAUUUUCUCCCCACUCCGGAGAAGCGCGCCGAGCGACUGCUUGAUCUUACCGAGUUCCUCUACCUGGCAUAUGAAAGUGCAAAAUUAUAUAAGGAAAAAAUGAAGUUCUAUCACAACAGGAAGUUAAAAAAGAAAGACUUCUCUGAGGGAUCCAAUGUUUUAUUAUAUGAUACUAGGCUCCACUUAUUCCCAAGAAAAUUGAGAUCACAAUGGACUGGGUUGUACAUAGUCGGACAAGUUCUGCCAAGUGGAGAUAUAAGAAUCAGUAACGUGGAUAACCCCAGGGAGAGCGACUUCUUCCUUGUCAGUGGAGCGAGGCUGAAACCAUAUAUCGAAGGGCCUAUAUUGCAGCGGGUUGAUGCGGAGAUAAAUCUGGUUGAGGUUCAGAAGCUCGCUCAGUGA